AUGUCUCUGACAGAGAUAGAAGAGCAUGUUGAAGAUGAAGAUGUUUCCAAAGAGGAAAUAAAGGAGUACUUCAGAGAGAAAUCCUUUGGCAUAUCAUUUUAUGGUGAUAGCUUUGUGGAGUUGAACAUGGCAGAAGCAUCCUCUCAGACAUCCUUACAGUUGCGGUUUCGAACAAGCAAGCCACAUGGACUGCUUUUUCUUGCAGCUGGGAAGAAGGAUUAUUGCUUAAUGGAGCUACGCUCAGGAAAUUUACAGUUGAGAAUUAACUUUGGCAUGGGGGAACAAGUACUGCAUUCUCAGCAAAGAUCUCAGCUGAAUGAUUUAGCUUGGCACCUGGUUGAACUACGUCAUGAACAUGAUGAUGUCACAUUGGUAAUUGAUAAACAUGAUAGAACUAGUGCAAAAAUGCCUGGAAUUCUCUAUGAAUUAAAUAUUGAUUAUGGAUUCUACAUAGGUGGUACUAGUAAACUUGAUGUUCCCUACCUUGUUGGAGCGCUACCUAGUUUCCGAGGAUGUAUUGAUGAUGUGUUGUUCAAUCAGCUAGACAUUCUGAUGCCUCUGAGACCUUCUCCUGGCUUUAAAAAUGUCCAUGAAGUUUUGGUGGGAUGCAGUGAUGAAUUCUUUGCAGAUGAAGAUGAACCCAUUAGUUUCUUCAGUUCCAGAUCCUAUGUUUCUUUCCCAUCAUGGAAUGUUGAUGAUGAGGGAAUCCUGGAGUAUAAAUUGCAAACCUCAGCUGCACGUGGCCUGCUGCUUUACCAUCCUGGGCAAGCAGGAGAUUUCAUUGCAAUGGAAAUGGAAGAUGGAUUAAUUAAAGCCUAUGUUGGAAACCAUAAAAGUAGAACCCAGCUUUCCUCUCAUAGGUCAGUCAAUGAUAGUCAUUGGCACUACAUCAAACUGAAAUUUACUGCAGAAUAUUUGCAGCUGACAUUGGAUGAAGAAACUGUGAAAAAAUCAUUGCCUCCCCACAGCAAGCUGCCGCUUUUGAAGGGGUCUCUCUUUGUAGGUGGUAUAGAUGACAGUACACGGUCAGAAGUGAUUAAGUUAGAGCUAAUCUCGGUGUCUGGGAAGUAUGCCAGAGGAGGAUCCUUCAAAGGUUGCUUAAGAGACCUGAAAACCAAUUCAGAAAAGAAAUCACUGAAGAAUGUUCUGGUGACAAAGGACAUAUCAGCUGGAUGUGAAACGAAGACUGCUUUUAAUACAAAUCUUUCUUUAGAGAUGGCUUUAAAGAGCCCUACUGUGAAAGCAGCCCCAACAUUUGCCAUUUCCCCUGAAAACUCUGUCUCUCUGGGCAAGGAAGACAAAAGCCACCUCUUAGUUCUAAGUAACUUGAUUGUGCCAGAGGGUGGACAAGCUUCACUCGAAUCUAAACAUAUUAAAGGCAAUAUAGACUUUCAGAAAUUAGGGAUUCAUCAAUCACAAAUUCUUUUUGAAAUAAAGGAACCACCCUCUCAUGGAGACUUGAAACUAGAUGUUGAACCAGUGCAGGAGGUAAAUACAUUUACUAUGCAGGAUGUGUGGCAAGGGAAGAUUAUUUAUGUCCAUGAUGGCUCUGAGGACACUUACGAUUGUUUUAAUUUCUCCAUUUCUACCAGCAGUGAGAAGAUUGUACCUCCAUAUUUGCAAGGAAAUGAGCAGCAUGUGUUUCACAUUACUGUCACUCCAGUAAAUGAUGCGCCUGAGAUCACGCUUCCUGAGGGAAACUUGCUUCUUCUCUUAGAGAACUCAAAGAAACGUUUGACUAAUGAUCUGAUAAAAGUUCUAGAUAAGGAUACAGAUCCUGCGGGUCUCAGUCUUUCAGUACUUGGAAAUCUGAAUGCAGAUGCAGGAUUUUUAGAAAAUUCAAAGCAUCCUGGAAAAGCUAUUACUACUUUUUCUAAUGAGGACUUAAGAGGAGGCACUGUUUUCUUUGUCCACACAGGUGUCAAGAACUCAAGGAUUGUUCUGAGGGCAAGUGAUGGUGAGAAGGUGAGCAACACUGUUGUAUUACGUGUUAUGGCAGUUCCUUUGGAUUACAGAGUUGUCAAUAACUCAGGAAUAAAACUACGUCAAGGUGUUACAGCUCUGAUCACACCUAGGCAUCUGGCAGUUGAAACAAAUGCUAAUCUCCAGGAGCUGGAGAUACGGUAUGAGAUCACAGAGGCACCCCAGUUUGGGGAAGUUCAAAGGCAGCAUUCAAGGGGGGAAUGGAAGCAAGUCAACUCUUUUUCUCAACGCUCUGUUCAGCGCAGCCGUGUGAGAUACUGUAGCACUUUCAAAGAAAUUCAGCUGGAAAAUGUUACUGACCAAUUUAAAUUCAAAGUUAGCAUAGGAAACAGAAUCAGUGAAGAGCAUGUGUUUCCAAUCAAAGUGAAAUGGUUAAGGUACAGUUUAUUGAAACAUGCUCCUCUAGAAAUUGAAAAAACAAAAAGGAAGUACUUGAAUUCAGAUAAUCUUUUUGCUGUGAUUGUGGAUCUAGAAAUACCUGAAGAUGAGCUUCAUUUUAAAUUGCUGUCCCUACCAAAGAAUGGACAGAUACUGCUUAAUGACCAGCCUUUGAAAAAAGAUUCCGUCUUUAGCCAGAAAGAUAUUACUGAUCAAAAAGUGGCAUAUGAAGUAAUCAGCAGAUACCAUGAAGACAACCGUGAUUCGUUUAGAUUCCUCAUUUCUACAAAGUAUCUGGAAUCAAAUGUAUAUGACUUUGAAGUCUACAUCAAAUCAGAUUUCAGAAACAUUAUUUUGACUAACAAUGGCCUUACUGUUACUGAAGGUGAAGGAGAGUUAAUAACAAGCACAAAAUUGUUUGUGCAAACACUGGAUAAUAAAACUUUCCAAUAUAAAGUUGCACAGUUUCCUAAGCAUGGGAAAUUAAAACUGAUUAAUUUUUCAGCCUCAUUCAAGAAUAAUGAUAAUCUCACCACUUUCACUAACAAAGAUAUAACUGAUAAGCGCCUUAUGUAUGUGCAUGAUGAUUCUGAGACAGCAUUUGAUGAAUUUGUUGUCAGAGCUUCCAGUGAAGAGUCAGGAAAGUUGGCAAACUUUGAUCCAGAAGUAGAACCUUUGUCAGUAGAAAUUAGAUUCAACAUUUCUGUCCAGCUGAAGAAUGAUGAGAAACCAGUACGUGUAAUUGAUAAGAUGUUUAACAUAGUGAGAAAUGGGCAGCGAUUAUUAACUUUGGCAGAUCUUUGCUAUCAUGAUCCUGAUUCUGAUUUUGAUGAUGGACAGUUGCUAUAUACUAGACGUGGCAUUUCCAAUGGGGACUUGGUGCUAACAAAUGAUACUUUGCACAGACUCUACCAAUUCAAACAAGUGGACCUGGAGCAAAAGCAAGUCCUGUUUAAACACCAUGGUGCAGAUUUUGGGCGUUUUGUGCUCUUUGUGACGGAUGGCAAGCACUAUACCUCUUUGCUUCUAGAAGUUAGUGCCACUGAUCCUUAUGUUAGGUUGGCAAAUAAUACAGGCUUGUUGGUUCAAAAAGGAAAAGAGGAAACUGUUACAACAGCUAACCUAAGUGCUAUUACAAACCAAGACAUAAGAAAUGAUCAUGAGCUUACAUAUGAGAUAUUCUCUUUCCCAAAAUAUGGAAGAAUAUAUGUAAAUAAUCUAUUGAUGGAUUCCUUUACUCAGUUUGAUCUGAUAAAGGGGUAUGUGACCUACAGGCAUGAUGACAGCAACAACCUUAUUGACACAUUUAACUUUACAGUCCAUGCUAGAGAAGUCCAUCUGGAUGCUGGAGUGCAUGUUCGCAUAUAUUUGGAAGGUCAUCAGUGGCCACCAAGGAUUGUGAACAAAAACAAUCUCUUGGUUGAAGAAGGAAAACCAGUUAAAAUCAGUAAAGGAAAACUGCAAGUUGUUCAUGAAAACAGUUCUCCAUCUGAGAUAGUGUUCACAGUAAGACAGCUUCCAUUACAUGGAUACAUUCGGAAGUUUUCCUCAGAAGAAAGUUAUCUCGGUGCUGACCAAAGGCCAGUUUUGAGCUUCACACAGCAAGAUGUUGAUGAGGGCAAAGUUCAGUAUGUGCAGACAGUUUCUGACCAACUAGAUGACCGUUUUUCUCUGGAUGUGACUAAUGGUGUCCGAACAGUGAGUGGAAUAGACAUCUCUGUAGACAUCAUCCCCAGGAUGAUUCCACUGGAAGUACAGAACUUCACAGUAAUUGAAGGGGGCUCAAAAGCCCUAAAGGAAGACUAUCUAAAAAUUUCUAGUAGACACUUUGCAGGACUCAGCUGUGAAUUUAUUUUAACUGAGCAGCCAAAACAUGGGUUUGUUGAAGACUCUCGUGUUCCUGGAAUGAAGUUAACCACAUUUACCAGAAAACAGGUGGAACAAGAAUUAAUCUACUAUGUUCACGAUGACAGCGAGGAACGGAUGGACAGCUUUACUGUGAUAGUAAAUAACACAGAAUUGUGGAAACAAAGUUUGCCCCAAACUGUAUUUGUAACAGUUACUGCAGUAAAUGAUGAAGCUCCUGUUAUAAAAGUUAACAGAAUUCUUCGGGUGUGGGUGGGUUCAAUCACAGAAAUAACUAUUGAUGACCUCUGUGCGGAAGACAAGGACUCCUCACCAUCAGAACUGAUAUAUUCCAUUACUCCACCUAGGAAUGGGCACUUGGCUCUGAAGUCUUCUCCCAACAAGAGCAUCCUUAGUUUUACCCAGGCUCAUAUAACUGAAGGACAGCUGGUAUUUGUACAUGAUGGAGCAAUGUCUGGAGGCUUCAACUUUCAGGUAACAGAUGGUUUGAACUUUGCACCUCGACAGAUUUUUAGCAUCACAGCUCGGAUGCUAGUCAUUAGCCUUGAAGUGAACAAAGGACUCGGAGUCUUUCCAG